AUGGUUUCAGCAAAAGUCUUGUAUUUUUCGGGAGAAAUUCCGCAGGGAGACCCAGAGGGCGAUCAAAGAACCCUAUUCAGAAAGCUAAAGCUGCUCAGCAAAGAACAAGAUCAUGUGGUUUUGGCAUCAUUGCUAGAGUGCGUGACACUGGCAUUGAAGGACGAGUGUAGCCGACUAAGCCAUCUCCACCGAGACAUGAUCCCGCCUUUUGAAAGCGUCCUCGAUUUGACAGAUCAUGUUGUGCAAUUAAGAAAGACGCCACUCGGUGGGGCCAUCGAGCGAGUUUUGGUGUUGGUUUUUCAAUUGGGAAGCUUUGUUGCAUAUCAUGAGGCUCAUCCACUGGAGUACAAUUUCACAGCGGUCAGCACCUCACUCAUCGGAAGGGGCUCGGGUCUACUCUCGGCAGCUGCAAUCGGUCUCUCACCUAGCAUUUUGAUGAUACCAAGUAUCGCCAAAGAUAUCGCCCGAAUCUCGUUUCGUUUUGGUCUGGUUGUCGAUCAAGUUUGUCGAUCGUUGGAGGUUUCUCACGAUGAGAUCAAUGCCGACGGCGCCUGGGUAUAUUGUGUCCACGGAAUGGGUGAGAAAGACGCGCGUGAUGCGGUAAACCAAUUCAACGAAGACAAAGCAUAUCCUCCAACCAAUGGCGCGUCUGUCUUCAACGUCGAUAACGCCGGAAGCUCGGUCAGCAUAGGUGGACCACCAACAACGCUGAAGUCGCUUUUCUCCGAGUCUAAUGACUUUAAGAAGACGAAGAAUGUGGCGAUGAGGAAAAUCCAGGGUAUGUGGCAUACGGACAGAGUGUAUGGCAUGGAACACGUCGGGCAAGUCGUCCCAAAGAUUGAAUCCACACGGGAGCUGCACAUUCCGUUAAUAUCGCCUGUGAGCGGAGAGCCGUUUAGGGAGACAGAGGCCGGCCCCCUGCUCGAACAGAUUAUGGAAGAGAUAUUGACCGAGAGGGUGCGGUGGGACAUGGUUAUUCACACUGUCGGCAAGCAACUGGAGCAGCUGAUGCCCAAAUCUGCGCAACUGAUUAGCAUACUGCCAUCGCACUAUAACCAGAACAUGCUGGAACGCUGGCAGAUGGAGUUGCCCAACGCGGCCGUGUCAGACCUCCCUAUGGUGCCAGCUGUGUUGGAUCUUGUUCUCGGAAAAAGCCCGCCAAAGGACACAAGAUCGUCGAAGAUUGCUGUCGUAGGCAUGGCAUGUCGUUUUCCAGGCGCAGACACCACCGAAGGAUUCUGGGAGCGGUUGAUGCAGGGGCAGGACAUGCACCGCCAUGUUCCUCCCGAUCGAUUUGACGUCGAAACACACGUAGAUCCCACCGGAAAACGACAGAACACGUCGAAGACUUCUUACGGUUGCUUUGUUGAUAAUCCGGGGUUAUUCGAUGCUAUGUUCUUCGGCAUGUCACCCAGAGAAGCUGAACAAACGGAUCCAAUGCAACGUCUGGCCUUGGUGACGGCAUACGAAGCUCUGGAGAACGCCGGGUAUGUCGAUGGUCGAGGCAUCAUCCAUCGCAAGCGCGUUGGCACCUUUUACGGCCAAGCCAGUGACGACUAUCGCGAAGUCAACUCUGGACAGGAAGUAGGCACUUAUUUUAUUCCCGGUGGAUGCAGGGCAUUUGGUCCAGGACGUAUCAACUACUUUCUCAAUUUCUGGGGCCCUAGCUUUAGUGUCGACACGGCUUGCUCUUCGAGUUUGGCAGCUAUUCAAGCCGCGUGCUCAUCACUGUGGAGUGGAGAUGUUGACAUGGCCAUUACUGGAGGGAUGAAUAUCCUCACUAACUCUGAUGUCUAUGCUGGGCUCAGCCAAGGCCACUUUCUCUCCCCUACUGGCGGCUGUAAGACAUGGGAUGAGGGAGCGGACGGAUACUGCAGAUCCGAUGGAGUCGGAAGCGUGGUUCUGAAGCGGCUCGAGGAUGCAGAAGUCGACAACGAUAAUAUACUCGCGGUAGUCCUAUCGGCGGCUACUUCUCAUUCGGCGGAGGCCGUUUCGAUCACGCAUCCUCACGACGCGGCGCAAGCUCUGUUGUACGACCAGAUUGUCCGACGAGCUGGGAUUGACCCCCUGGAGGUUGGUUACGUUGAGAUGCAUGGCACCGGGACACAAGCCGGUGAUCCUACCGAGAUGAGAUCUGUGACCAGUGUGUUCGCGCCUCCACGUCUUCAUGGACAUAGGCCGAUGCCACUGCAUGUGGGCUCAGUCAAAGCCAAUAUGGGCCAUGGGGAGGCUGCUGCGGGAAUCAUGGCUUUCGUCAAGACCAUGUUAGUCUUCCAGAAUGGCAUCAUUCCGCCUCAUAUCGGCGUGAAGACAGCUUUGAAUCCUGCACUACCAGACUUGGGCAAGAUGGGCGUCGUGAUUCCAUUUAAAGCCGUCAAUUGGGGCCCGGCUGCUGCGCAGAAGAGGCUGGCCAUGGUCAAUAACUUUGGCGCCGCUGGAGGUAACACGGCCAUGAUUAUCGAAGAGGCCAGCCCAAGGCCACGGUUAUGCCAGGACACACGAGAAGCUCAUGCCAUUACGAUUUCAGCAAAGACGGCUCAAUCUCUCAGCUUGAAUAUCAAGCGGCUUGUCGAGUAUAUUGAAAUUUCGCAAGACUUAUCUCUUGCCGAUAUUGCAUACACACUCUCGGCCAGGAGACGUCACUACGAAUACAGAAAAUCCGUUGUAGUAAGAUCCUUGGCCGAGGCUGUCAAACAGCUUCAACCGCACGUCGAAACUGCUAUCGCUCAGACUCCGACCUUAGUGAAACGACCCCCCGUCGCUUUUGCUUUUGCUGGCCAAGGCACUUUCUAUGUGGGAAUUGCAGCGCAGAUUUACCGGGACUCUCCCUUCUUCCGCUCGCAGCUCGAUCAGUUUGACAGUCUUGUACGUCGCCAGAACUUUCCAUCCUUCCUACCUGCCAUCGAUAGAACGUGUUCUCGCGAAGACCUACCAACCUCCUCCAUACAUCUCGCUAUCGUAUGUGUUGAAGUUGCGCUCGCUCGACUAUGCAUGGCGUUUGGUAUUAAGCCAUGUGCCGUCAUUGGACACAGCCUGGGCGAAUAUGCCGCACUGGCCGUGGCUGGUGUGCUGUCCGACAGUGACACAGUCUUCCUCGUCGGGACACGAGCAACCAUUCUAGAGUCGAACUGCUCACCUGGCACCCAUGGCAUGGUCUCCGUUCGGACCUCAGUGGCCAAUAUUUUACAUGAAGCGGAUGGCUCGCCAGUCGAAGUAGCUUGUAUCAACGGCCCUAAUGAGACUGUAAUUGGCGGUACUGUCGAGCAUCUGGAGGCUUUUUCGGCUCGUCUGUCCAAAGCAGGGUACAGGACGACGCGUCUGGAUGUACCACAUGCGUAUCAUACGGCUCAGAUGGACAAUGUCGUCCAUAAUCUCAGUCGCCAAACCCAAGGGAUUGUUUACAACACACCCAGAAUUCCCAUUAUGUCCCCACGAGACUCAACUGUCAUCGAGACAGGCGCUAACAUUGAUUCGUCGUAUUUGACCACGUCCCUAAGAAAGACGGUCGACUUCGCUGGAGCUCUCAAUGCAGCGUCAGAAGCUGGCGUGGUCUCGAAAUCCACCGUCUGGCUUGAGCUGGGUCAUCAUCCCGUAUGCAGCGGUUUCAUCAGCCGUACACUCGCCGACGCUCGUCUAGCAUGUUCAACCCUACAGCGAGACACCGACAAUUGGACGUCUUUGGUGAAGAUGCUGAGCAGUCUAUACGAGGUUGGUGUCAACAUCGACUGGAAUGAAUACCAUCGUCCAUUUGAGCACGCACUUCGACUUGCCUCCGUGCCGACCUAUGCUUGGAACAACAAGAACUAUUGGAUCCAGUACCGAGGGGAUUGGAAUUUGUCCAAGGGCCAGAUUUUACCGGAGCCGGCACUUCCCGUUGCUAGCAGAUUUCGAACAUCAAGCAUCCAACGACUCUAUUCCGAAAAUUACGACUUAUUGACAGCACAAGUCUUGGGCGAAUGCAAUAUGACCGAUCCGUCGCUCAAGGAUGUGAUCGAAGGGCAUGGAAUGAAUGGUUAUGGUGUUGCUUCGUCCUUCCUUCAUGCCGACAUGGCAUUUACACUGGCCCAAAGGAUCAAAGGAAAAGCUUUCUCGUCGACCUUCAGUGGAAUGGGCAUCAAUGUGGCCAACUUCGAGUAUCACGAUCCGGUAGUGAAAGAUGCGAACUCCCUUGUUCCACAUCCCAUUCUUGUCAAUGCUGAAGCCAACCUCGACAAGGGUGAAGUCCACAUUAAGUGGUUCAACCCUGCCAAUGACAAAUGGUACUGCCAUGCUACAGCUUACUAUGAAGACUCUCUGACCUGGCUUUCCAAUUGGGCUCGAACGACUAGGCUGGUUACCAGUCGGAUUGACGCACUCAAUGAUAUGUCAAUUAAGGGUACGGCCAACAAACUCACCACCGACCUUGCAUACACCCUCUUUGGGAAGCUAGUGGAUUACUCUAGCAUGUAUCGCAACAUGCAAUCGGUCAUACUCAAAGAAGACGAAGCCGUAGCCGAAGUCGUUCUCCCCGCAGACACCCAAGGAGACUGGGCUGUGCCACCGCAUUUCAUCGAUGGUCUCGUAUCUCUGUCCGGCUUUAUUCUGAAUGGUGGCACCCACUUUGACAACACCAACAACUUCUUCAUCACGCCGUCAUGGAAGUCCAUGCGUUUUGCCAAGCCGUUGGCCCCUGGUGGUCGAUAUCUCGCAUACGUGAGGAUGAUACCAGAGACUGUUGACGACAACAGCAAGCUUGGCUCUUACGUCGGUGAUGUCUACAUUCUACAGGAUGGCGAAAUUGUGGGCGUGGUCGAAGCCAUCUUGUUCCGGCAGUGGCCGAGAGUGAUGCUGAAUCGGUUCUUCCGCCCAGCAGGGGCGGCUCCUCCUUCUCCUCCUACCGAAAAGAAGAGAGCUGCAGCUCCAAGUCCACUGCCAUCUGCCACUUCUUUACAGGAAAAGGCCAUGGCGACGGCGGUGGCCGCGAAAGUGACUGUUAGACGUCCUGCAUCCGCCAUAACUCCUCCACAUUCUGGACCGAUCAGUAAGUCUGGUGGUAGUCCAAAGAUGAUGCCUCAGCUCGAUUACAAUCUUCUAACUCCAAGAGGUUCGCCACCUCCGACUGGACGUAUAGAAAAGACCGACAGCGACAGCGGCGACGAUGAAGCUGAUGGUGCUGCAUCACGUGCUAUAAACAUAUUGGCAGAAGAACUCGCUGUUGAUAUAGGCUUACUGACCGAUGAGUGUGAAAUUGCGGAUAUUGGGCUUGACUCGCUCAUGUCGCUCGUUAUCUCACAGAAGUUGCGAGAGAAUCUUGGCAUUGAGAUUCGUGAUGCGUUCUACCUCGAAGUGAAAACAAUUGCGGAUUUGAAGAACUUGGUCUCCUAA